AUGACAAAAGACUCCCGUGGAACUAAUGUAGAUGAGAGACUUUAUAAGAGCAUCAUUGGGAGUUUGCUUUAUUUGACUGCAAGCAUACCUUACAUUGCCUUUGCUGUUGGUAUAUGUGCUAGAUAUCAAUCUUGUCCUAAAAACAAUCAUUUGGGCAGUACAAAAAGAAUAAUCAAAUAUGUAAAUGGGACUAGCGGUUAUGGCUUAUUGUAUACCCUUAAUACCAGUAGCUCUCUAGUUGACUACUAUGAUGCUUAUUGGGUAGCUAGCUCAGAUGAUAGAAAAAGUACAUCUGGAGGUUGUUUUUUCUUAGGGAACAACUUGAUUUCGUGGUUCAGCAAGAAACAAUAUUGUGUUUUCUUGUCUACGACUGAAGCAAAAUAUGUUGUUGUGGGGAGUAGCUGUACUCAAUUACUUUGGAUAAGACAGAUGUUGAUGAAGUAUGAUGUCUCAUAA